CAUCCCCAUGGUCCCCCUCAUCAUCAUUAUCCCCCUCGUCAUCCCUCUCGACCCUCUUUAUCUCUCGCUGUCGCGGUUCGCGCUGACAUUCGACGCGGCGGCGGCGGUGGGUCGACUCUGGGCAGACUGGGCCCUGCCGCAGGAACGUGGAAUUCGCCGCUGCUCCAGCUCUGCGGAGCCGUGAGCACGAGUCGUGUGCCCUCGCAAUGGUCGCUUGAGUAGGAACUUUGCCCUUUAGGCUGGGGCACAGGGUGAGGGUUAUGCGUGGUGAGGGCCCCGGCGUUAAAAGUUGGUUUGGUUCACCAGGUGAGGACGACUCGAGAGACGCAGGUUGCAGGGGUGGAGGUCAGGAGGGGUCACGCGUCCGUGAGAGCAGCUGCCCCCGCAGCAUGGAGAGCAACAGCACGGAGAGCGAUGUGGAGCCGAUGAGUGGCGCCUUCAACAAGGAUGGUGCUGGGCCAGGUGACGCCAAUCGACGGCGAGGAGAUGGGGUGGGAGACCACGAGGUUCGGGGGUCCCGGCCUAGCGGGGUGGGUGGCGGGGCAGGGGGUGGCAGGGCCCCACCCAAUGGAGGGGUUGCUCCGGUGGGGGGGCGGACCCCCCUUGAGACGGAGCCGGCUGUAUACUGCGUGUGCCGCAAGCCAGACACGAACCGCUUCAUGAUAGGCUGUGACAAGUGCAAUGAGUGGUUCCACGGCGACUGCAUCGACAUCACGCAGAAGAUCGCCAAGGCCAUCAAGCAGUGGUACUGCGACAUGUGCCGCGCCAAGGACCCGUCGCUUGCCAUCCGCUACCGCCAGAAGAAGAUCAAGGACAAGAGCCGGGAUGCAGCGCGUGACUAUUCGGCCGAAUACGACGGCAACUGCAGCUCGGAGAGACGGAAGCAACUGAAGCGCUCGGUGCGCAUGUGUGGCGAAUGCGAGGCGUGCUGCCGCACCGACGACUGUGGCCACUGCGACUUUUGCCGGGACAUGAAGAAGUUUGGUGGCCCCAACAAGAUCCGGCAGAAGUGCCGGCUCCGGCAGUGCAUCGUGCGCUCCAGGAAGCUGCUGCGCGUGCGCGAUGACCACGGCGGCUCAAGCCGUGAGGGGGCGCCACGCGGCGCCGGCCUCGGCUCCUCCGAUUCGGACGCGCUGCUCUCCUACCACGACUACGCCGCCUCGCCCCGCGCCGACCAGUUCCCGUGGAGCAGUGGGAAGGAGGACUCGCAGGAUCACAGCUUGUUCCGUAAGCGCGCCGUGAAGCUCAAGCACGUGCAGAAGCGCGAGCGCCGCUACGAGAAGCAGAACCGCUCGGAGCGCCACCGGGACAAGGCCCGGCACAGGCUGCGCGUGCGGCACAGCGAGCGCGGCGGGCCCGAGGCACGCGAGACCCCGCGCCAGCGCCAGUGCCUGGGUCCCGGCUGCACGCAGGCCGUGAGGCCCACCUCCAAGUACUGCAGCCACGAGUGCGGCAUGAAGCUCGCGGCCAACCGUAUCUACGAGAUCCUGCCACAGCGUAUCCAGGAGUGGCAGGCGAGCCCGUGCGUGGCCGAAGAGCUGGGCAAGCGACUGCUGGAGGGCGUGCGCCGGGAGCAGCACACCGCACGCCUGCGCCUCGCCCACAUGGACCGCCGCUUCCUCGAGCUGGAGGCCGUGAUCGCGCAGGCCAAGCAGCAGAGCGUGUGCGAGGACGAGGAGGUGACAGAUGGGGACAACGAGGAGGCGGAUCUACAGAUAUUCUGCGUGUCGUGUGGCCACCCCAUCAACCCCAAGACAGCGCUGAAACAUAUGGAGCGCUGCUACGCCAAGUACGAGAGCCAGACGUCGUUUGGAUCCAUGUACCCAACCAAGAUCGAGGGGGCGACGCGCCUGUUCUGCGAUGUCUACAACACGCAGAGCAAGACCUACUGCAAGCGGCUCCAGGUCCUGUGCCCCGAGCACUCCCGGGACCCGAAGGUCUCCGUGGACGAGGUAUGCGGCUGCCCGCUGGUGCGUGACGUGUUCUCGCCCACCGGUGACUUCUGCCGCCUGCCCAAGCGCCGCUGCAACAAACACUACUGCUGGGAGAAGCUGCGGCGCGCCGAGGUCGACCUGGAGCGCGUGCGCGUGUGGUACAAGUUGGACGAGCUGUUUGAGCAGGAACGGAACGUGCGCACGGCGAUGGCAAACCGCGCCGGCCUGCUGGCACUCAUGCUGCACCAGACGAUCCAGCACGAACCGCACACCACCGACCUGCGUAACUCCACCAAGGAGACCUGAGCAGGUCCACCAAGGAGACCUGAGCAGGUCCACCAAGGAGACCUGAGCAGGUCCACCAAGGAGACCUGGUCAGGUCCACCAAGGAGGCCUGGUCAGGUCCACCAAGGAGACCUGAGGAGCUCCUUCAAGGAUACACGCUCAGAUCCAAGGAGACAUGAGAAGAAUCCUGUCUCGUUGCCUAUCUCAUCUCACCUCGUUCCCGUUCUCUUUCGUCUCGAGGGGAAAUGCAGGUAUCACGUUUGCACCGUGAAUGUGCGAGUCACAAGGUCAGCUAGAACCGCACUCUUCCUAACUCACCUGUAACUCGCUCACCUGUUGGUCCCUUCUCCCAGACGGAACAUUUUACUCGCCGCGUGUACAAAUCGCUUUCUAAACUCGUUAUUUCUGGAGGUGAAAUCUCUGCGUUUCUGUUUUACUUUGUAUCGAGAGGCAUUGGGGCCUCAAGGGGUCUUCCAAUAAAGACGUUGACACUGAA